AUGUUCUUUAGCCAAGUAGGAGUGAGUAGGGCCGCUCAUCAGGAGGAAAAUGCACGGCGGAAGGACUUCUUCACGCUGCUCUACCUUGUACAACGGCGUCUGUACUCGCCAACAAAUGUUGAAUGGCGACUUAUGGAGCACUGUUUAGAUGAUAUCAACAACAAGUAUGCUGAUUUUUCAUUUUUAGUGGCCUUUUCAGCCUCACUGGCGCUUCGCAACCGAAAAGGAAGUUCUUUUUUGUCACGCUAUCGGCUUCCUCUCUACGUAGGUCUCGUGGGCUAUGAUAGCGGCCUGCGCACAACUAACCCGUGUCCCACCUUGACCUUUUGGAACUGCGUGACACUCCUUGAGAGCCCCUUGGGAGAGACGGCGCGGGUACUGCAUGCCCCAAGUUGUUUCUACGAGGUGAAGGAAUAUCCGAUGGCUGGCAAAGACACUAGCUUGUCUUACUUCUCUUGGUUGUGGAGCAGUGGCAAAUUUAUGGCGCAAUCGCUUCUCCUGAGGUCGCUAUUGCAUUCUAUUUUUGAGCAGUCGUGUUGGAAACAGGCGAAUGGUGGCAAAACCGUGACAACCCUCGUCAUCAAUAACCGUUUCUUUAAGUGGUAUGUCUUUAGCUAUCAAACGACAGUCUCCGGUGGACAGGUGAAGUACUGGAUGAAGAUUGGUCUACCUGCCUUUAACGGUAAGCUGGGCCUUCGUCGGUCGUACCGUACUCGUGAGUUGAUUCUUGAGCGGGCCUCGUUUGGAGGCCAGUUGUGGUACGGGGCGCACUUUGCACUGAUGCAGGUGUUUGGAUUGCACGACGGCACCCGCGUGGGGUGA